AUGGAGCCAGGGACCCGGCAGUACAUCAGGGUGAAUAUUGAGUUGCAAUGCUCGCUAGAUCAGAGUCAAUGCGGAGAUGGUACAUGUCUACCUACCUCUUCAUUCUGCGAUGGCAGAAUUGACUGCCCUGAUGCGUCAGAUGAGAAUCACAUCCUUUGUCCACAACGCCAACUACCUAAUGUCAAUUUGGCUACAAGUAGCGACGAACUAAUGAUUACACCCAGUGAGAUUCGUCGUAGACCGUGGAUUCCUUUCACCUUUACCUGUCAUGCUCCGCCUGGAUUCCAUCCGAAAUUCAUCAUUGACGGCAGUGGAAAGGCUUUGGACGAUGAUAGACGCUUUACGGUGUCCUGGCCACGCAAAAACGAAAUUGUUGCUGGCGCAUCUUAUGGCUUGCGUGUUUCCAAACGUUCGAUUACUUUUCUUCCGACAGCUGCACCUUUGGAAGUGGAAGUGAGUCCAGCCUCAAUACGGAUUGCGGCGUGGAGUUCUUUCAAUUUCUCCUGCAAGGCAAAGCGCGGUCGCGAUCCAGUGAUUAUCUAUACCACGACGGGGAUCCCAGUGGACAGAGAUCCCCGAUUCCGCGUGCAGAGGCCGAACUCACAGACUGCCCUAGUUCAUGCGCCCUACGGCAUUCAUGCCUAUGGCAACAUUGCAAAAUUUAUUUGUCAAACGACGGAGGGAGGAAGGAACGAAGUUGCCCUAUCGGUUGAGUCACAUUGCGCCAUCGGGCAGUCGCAGUGCAGGAGCGGUGAAUGCGUCAGCUCCUCACAGUUCUGCGAUGGCUAUCCACAAUGUCCGGAUGCCUCUGACGAAUUUCCGGUGUUCUGCCAAACUAAUAACCCGACUCAGGAGUUCACUAUCCAUCCCGAGUCGAUUGUUAUCCCGCCGUGGAAGCACUUUUCAUUCGUUUGCACAGCUCCAGCAAACAGCCAAGCUACUGUUGUCUUCCAAAAAGACGGUCACUUGGUUGGGGGAGAUCCGCGCUUUGAUGUGUACAGAAGAGAUGCCAAUGCGAUCGAAGUGAGCGCCCCGUUUGGCCUGCGCGAAGUGGAUAGCACCACUUUUGACUCGAACUCAAUUGUCCUUGAAGUCAUCGCUCGACACGGAUUGCGAGGCGGUGACGAUACGGUUAUUGAAUGCGUGACACGGCUGGGUGAGAAGCGUGCUAUCUCAAUCACCAUCCUCGAUCCCUGUCCCUCCGGUCAAAUGUCAUGUCGCGAAGGUGGAUGCAUUGGGCAAAACCAAUUCUGUGAUGGCCGCGUCGACUGCUCUGAUGCCAGCGACGAACAAGUGGACUUCUGCCAGGCACCAGAACAGGGUGUAGUUGUAACUCCUGACGUCAUCGAAGUUACUGAAUGGACUCCAUUCAGUUUUGUAUGUCGUGGACCAUCCAAUAGCCAGGUGACGGCAAUUUUCAGUACUAAUGGCUUAUCAGUGGAGAAGGAUCCGCGAUUUGAAGUGAUCGGGCUUAACACUCCCAACACUCAAGUCACCGUCCCCAAGGGCCUGCGCUCAGUCGAUGACACGGAGAUUGAAUGUGUGACCAACCGUGGGCAAAAAAAAGCACUAACAAUAACUAUCAAGGAUAGCUGCCCAUCUGGUGAAACAAGUUGCCGAGACGGGACGUGCCUGCCAAUCUUGAAACUCUGUGAUGGUCAUAUUCAUUGCCCUGACGGAUCUGACGAGCUGCCUGAAUUUUGCGGAGAAGUUAAGACGCAUCCACCAGGCGUGGCAAUCCAUCCGGAAACAGUAUUUGUGGAAGAAUGGACUCCAUUCAGCUUCGUGUGCACGAGUUCAUUGAAUUCGAUCUUGACUCCCACCAUAAAAGCUGACGGUUCUCCUGUCAGAGCUGAUUCGCGUUUCCGCGUCAACACAUACAACAAAACAGCCAUUGAAAUUGAAGCUCCAUUGGGCCUCCGCAGCAAUGAUGACAUGCAGAUCGAGUAA